AUGGCAGUUCCAGUAGAAGAAGCAAUAGCAGCUCUCUCUACCUUCUCUCUUGAGGAUGAGCAAGCAGAGGUGCAGGGACCUGGCGUUUUGGUUUCAUCUGAGAGAGGAGCAACUAACAGUCCAGUUGAGUACAGUGAUGUUUCUGCAUACCGCUUAUCUCUAUCAGAAGACACAAAAGCUCUCAAUCAGCUGAAUGCACUUAUCCAAGAGGGGAAGGAGAUGGCAUCAGUGCUUUAUACAUAUCGAAGCUGCAUCAAAGCACUUCCUCAGCUUCCUGAAUCUAUGAAGCACAGUCAGGCUGACUUGUAUCUAGAAACAUAUCAAGUUUUGGACUUGGAGAUGAGUCGUUUGCGUGAAAUCCAGCGAUGGCAAGCAUCUGCUGCGUCGAAACUAGCAGCUGAUAUGCAGCGAUUUUCUAGGCCUGAGAGGCGCAUUAAUGGCCCUUCAAUAACUCAUCUCUGGUCCAUGUUGAAGUUGCUUGAUGUUUUAGUUCAACUUGAUCAUCUUAAAAAUGCCAAGGCAAGCAUACCUAAUGACUUCUCAUGGUACAAGAGGACAUUCACCCAAGUUAGUGUUCAAUGGCAAGACAUUGAUUCAAUGAGGGAGGAGUUAGAUGAUUUACAGAUAUUCUUAAGCACAAGGUGGGCAAUCUUAUUGAACUUGCAUGCUGAGAUGUUUCGGGUGAACAAUGUAGAAGAUAUUCUUCAAGUUCUGAUAGUCUUUGCUGUUGAGUCAUUGGAAUUGGAUUUUGCACUUUUAUUUCCGGAGAGGCACAUUCUUAUACGUGUUUUACCAGUUCUUGUUGUCUUAGCAACAUCAUCAGAAAAGGAUAGUGAGUCACUGUACAAGAGGAAUGAUCCAGUCAUUCCUGCCUUCCCUGAUCUUCAUCUUUCUCCUGCUGCAAUCUUAAAAGAGUUGUCCAUUUACUUCCAGAGAUUUUCUGCACAAACUCGUCUUCUCACCCUUCCAGCACCUCAUGAGCUCCCACUUCGGGAGGCACAAGAAUAUCCUCUACAUUCUUUUUUAUCUUGCAUUUCUUCGUUAUAUCAUUAUCUUUGGCAAAAUAGUUAUGCACUUCUCUUCUUUGUGAUUAGGCAUUAUCUCAUCGUUAAUCACAUAGGAACUAUUCGUGCCGAGCAUGAUGAUUUCACAAUUCGUUUUGCUUCAUCGUUGAAUCAGCUAUUGUUAUUGAAGUCAAUAGAUGGUGCAGAUGUUGACUGGUGCAAAGAAGUCAAGGGAAACAUGUAUGAUAUGGUUGUUGAAGGUUUCCAGCUCUUAAGCAGAUGGACUGCACGAAUUUGGGAACAAUGUGCUUGGAAAUUUUCUCGCCCAUGCAAAGAUGCAAUUCCUUCAGAACCAAAUGGAACUUCAGAAUCAUUUUCUGACUAUGAAAAGGUGGUACGAUAUAAUUACAGUGCUGAGGAGAGGAAAGCUCUUGUUGAGCUUGUUAGUUACAUAAAAAGUGUUGGAUCACUGAUGCAUCGGUGUGACACAUUGGUAGCUGAUGCCUUAUGGGAAACAAUACAUGCUGAAGUCCAAGAUUUUGUCCAAAACACAUUAGCCAACAUGUUGAAGACUACCUUUAGAAAGAAGAAGGACCUGUCAAGGAUUCUUUCUGACAUGCGGACUCUUUCAGCAGACUGGAUGGCAAAUACAAGCAAGCCUGAAUCUGAUUUACAGUCACAUGGAGGUGAUGAAAGUAAAGGGAACAUCUUUUAUCCAAGGCCAGUGGCACCCACAGCCACGCAGCUCAAAGGAGGACAAGCAAAUGAAUUGGGUCUCAAGAAGGGAACUGACACAACCAAGUUCUUGCACAAACAGGAUACAUUCUUAAUAUAUGAAGUGGUGUCUGGUGGUAAUCUUCGGAAGCCUGGUGGACUCUUUGGCAAUAGUGGGUCUGAGAUUCCUGUAAAUGAUUUAAAGCAGUUGGAGACCUUCUUUUACAAGCUUAGCUUCUUCCUGCAUAUAUUGGACUAUUCAGCAACUGUGACAACUUUGACAGAUCUUGGUUUCUUAUGGUUUAGAGAAUUUUAUUUGGAGUCAUCUCGUGUUAUUCAGUUUCCUAUUGAAUGCUCUCUUCCCUGGAUGCUGGUGGAUCAUGUGCUUGAGUCCCAAAAUGCUGGUCUUCUUGAAAGUGUUCUGAUGCCAUUUGACAUCUACAAUGAUUCAGCUCAGCAAGCUUUGGCAGCGUUAAGGCAGCGAUUCCUCUAUGAUGAAAUUGAGGCCGAGGUGGACCAUUGUUUUGAUUUAUUUGUUUCAAAACUCUGUGAAAUUAUUUUCACGUAUUACAAGAGUUGGGCAGCAAGUGAACUACUUGAUCCGUCAUUCCUCUUUGCCUUGGACAAUGGGGAAAAAUAUUCUGUACACCCUAUGAGGUUCACUGCACUAUUUAAGAUGACUAGAGUGAAGUUACUUGGGAGGACUAUUGAUUUAAGAAGCUUGGUUUGUGAAAGGAUGAACAAGGUUUUCAGAGACAAUCUUGAGUUUCUUUUUGAUCGUUUCGAGUCUCAGGAUCUAUGUGCAGUGGUGAAGUAUACUAGCAGUCAGCCUGACUUCAGGAUGCUUUCACAUGGUUCCUCUUGUUUCAUCAUUCCUGUUGUAUCUGUAGUUGGUAUAAAGUUAGAUGUGGAUGAAUUAGAAAAACUUGUGGAAAUCUUAAAGAAUACCCAUGGGCUGCUUUCAAAAGACCUUUCAAUAGACUCAUUCAGUCUCAUGUUGAAUGAGAUGCAAGAAAACUUAUCUCUUGUGUCAUUUUCUAGUCGACUUGCUACUCAGAUUUGGUCAGAGAUGCAAAACGAUUUCUUGCCAAACUUCGUCCUAUGCAACACUACUCAGCGUUUUGUCCGAUCUUCAAGGGUUCCUCUUGUUCCUGUGCAAAAGCCAUCAGUUCCCUAUGCAAAGCCUAACUUCUAUUGUGGCACUCAGGAGUUGAAUUCUGCACAUCAAAGCUUUGCACGUUUGCACAGUGGGUUCUUUGGAAUUCCCCACAUAUUUUCUAUUGUUAGACUUCUAGGAUCCAGAUCGUUGCCUUGGCUUAUCCGAGCCCUGCUAGAUCAUGUAUCAAAUAAGUUAUCUACACUUGAACCGAUGAUUACUGGAUUGCAAGAAGUGUUGCCAAAAUCCAUUGGACUGCUCCCUUUUGAUGGAGGAGUCACAGGCUGUAUGAGGGUUGUCAAAGGAAAUCUUAACUGGGGAUCAAAAUCAGAGCUCAAAGCAGAGGUUCUUCGAGGGAUAAAGGAGAUUGGCAGUGUGUUAUACUGGAUGGGGCUUCUUGACAUUGUAUUGAGGGAAGUUGAUACCAUGCAUUUCAUGCAAACAGCCCCUUGGUUGGGCUUGUUUCCUGGUGCAGAUGGCCAAAUAUUGCAUUCACAGGAUGGUGGGGACAGUCCUGUUGUCAAUCUUUUCAAAUCAGCCACUGCUGCAAUAGUGUCUAACCCUGGUUGUCCAAAUCCGACAUCUUUUUAUACCAUGUCAAAACAGGCAGAAGCUGCAGAUCUUCUUUACAAAGCUAACAUGAAUACUGGAAGUGUACUGGAAUAUGCACUUGCUUUUACCAGCGCAGCAUUGGAUAAAUAUUGCAAUAAAUGGAGUGCUGCCCCCAAGACAGGGUUCAUUGACAUAACAACAUCGAAGGAUUUUUACCGUAUAUACAGUGGCCUUCAAAUUGGACACCUGGAGGAUUCUGUUCAAGUAUCAUCAAAUAAUUUUGAAGUGUCGGGUGAUUCAGUUGCUUGGGGUGGUUGUACCAUAAUCUACUUGCUUGGGCAGCAGAUGCAUUUUGAACUCUUUGAUUUUUCAUAUCAAGUCCUCAAUGUUGCAGAAGUGGAGGCUGGAUUACUCACCCAAGGGCAUAAGAAUCCUCAUGUUGCACAGGGAUGGGAAACCCUAUUAGAAGCAAUGAAGAAAGCAAGAAGAUUGAACAAUCAUGUUUUCUCGAUGCUAAAAGCCCGUUGCCCCCUUGAAGACAAGAUUGCUUGUGCUAUCAAGCAAAGUGGCGCCCCGCUGCAUCGGAUUAAGUUCGAGAACACUGUUUCUGCUUUUGAAACACUGCCUCAAAAAGGUGCUUGA